GGCUCAGGUAAAACAACACUCAUCACUAAAUUGGUUCAAAUUUUAAAAGAAAAAGGUUUCAGACCCCAGGGGUUUUACACUGAAGAAAGACGAGUGAACAGAGAAAGGGUUGGUUUUGAUGUGGUCACGCUUGAUGGCUUGAAGAGAGGAUCAUUGGCAAGUGUGUGCUCAGUUAGAAAUACAAUCAAAAACAAACCAAUGAUUGGAAAAUACACUGUGGACAUUGAUGAAUUUGAGAACAUAGCUUUACCAACAUUACAAUUUUCCUCUGAUGUUAAGGAUGGAAGUAAAUCAUUGUUAGUGGUAGAUGAGAUUGGGAAGAUGGAAUUAUUCAGCAAGAAGUUUGAGUCUGCAGUGAGAGAAUUAUUUUCUGGCAAAAAUGUUGUUUGUGCUGUGUUGGCAACAAUUCCAACUGCUAAACAAAGGCCACUAGCAAUUGUUGAGGAGAUCAGAAAUGAUAAAACUGUGAAAGUUUUUCAAGUUGUCACAAAAGCUAACAGAGAUUUCAUUGUUGACGAGAUAUGUGAAUCAAUUGAGAGCUGUCUGAAAUGA